UUUCUUAAUAAAAAAUAAAAAUGAAGAAGAAAAGAAAAGAAACCAAUGUAUAGGGCAGAGGGUGUGUCCUGUCUCCCUUUGCCAAAUGGGUGCCAGAGAGAGUGUGGUCUGCUGCCCAUGGUGACCCGCCGAGGGGCAGUGCUGACCCAGUAGGUGCCCUGCCCUUCCCAGUCCUCAGUCUCCCCUGCUGCCCACCUGCAGGACUGCACCAUCUGCAUGGAGCGGCUGGUCACAGCGUCAGGCUACGAGGGCGUGCUUCGGCACAAGGGCGUGCGGCCUGAGCUGGUGGGCCGCCUGGGCCGCUGCGGCCACAUGUACCACCUGCUGUGCCUCGUGGCCAUGUACUCCAAUGGCAACAAGGAUGGCAGCCUGCAGUGCCCCACCUGCAAGGCCAUCUACGGGGAGAAGACGGGUACCCAGCCGCCUGGGAAGAUGGAGUUCCACCUCAUCCCCCACUCGCUGCCUGGCUUCCCUGACACCCAGACCAUCCGCUUUUUGAUGAAUAGAAAUGCUUACGUUUAA